AUGCCUCACCAGGUUUCAAUGAUACCGUUAUGUUUUCUCAUUCCAGAGUCUGAGACGCGUCAGAAAUUGCUGCGCAAUGUGAAGAAAGAGGUGGGUGCCUCUAUAUUUGAAAUGUUUAUAAUGACAAAUUAUUAGAAGCAAUCGUUGGUCAUGGAUCGGUGGCAGCAGUUCUGUUUUAUUUGGAUGCCCAAAAUAAGAUUGUAAAAUGGAGACACCGGGAAGUCUGACCAAAUGUAUAUGCUAGCCUAAUAGGCUAUUCUAUUCUUUGGGAUCGUCAUUUUAUUAUAAAGGAUGCGUUCAGGGGCGACUUGGAUUGAAAUACUUUUAUAUGCAGAGAAAUAAUAAUUUGGUAUCAAUAGGUAGGCCUAGGCAAUAACGUCAAGAUCAAUGUAACAGUAUACGGAUCUGUUACAUGUGCAUGACGUGAAUAUGUGUGCAUGUCACAGUGCAGAGCCAAGAGCAGCAUCAUUAAGAUUAUUGAUAACCGCUCUUACGUGUGAUUUAUUUUAUCUGAAUGCUAAUGCUGUAAUGGAGGACCUCUCAAUUCACUGGGCAUGCUCAUAUCUCAGAUAGCCUAUUGUCCCUCUCUCUUAUACAUACAAAAAACAUUAUAUCAAUUGAUCAGAUUAUAUAUUGCUAUAUCCUGUGUCUAGAAAGUAGGCCUAAAGGAUGUGGUCACACUUUAUUUGGAUAGUACAUCUGUAGAUGCUCUACAGAUGGUCAUACUAUCCACAAACUAUCUGUUGAUAAGAAACUGCUUGCUAAGAUAAUGGUUAGGGUUAGGUUUAGAAUAAAGAUUAGGGUAAGGGUUAGGGUAAGGGUAAGGCUUAAAUUUAGGGUUAGGGUUAUGGCUAGGGUUAGGAUUAGUAGAUAGUUAGUUGAAAUGUUACUGAUAGUUUGUAGAGCUUAUACAGAUGGACUAUCCAAAUAAAGUGUUAAGGAUGUUGCUCUUGUGCCAUAAAGUCACAGUUUAUUAUUUGGAGACUCCUCACAGAUAUCUGUCCCCACCGGCUCUGUUAGCUACAGCCAGAUCAUACUUCAAAGGAAAAUUGGCUUAUGGUAUAGUUGGGCUGCAGCACUACAGGAACCUGAAAGAGAGAGAAGAGACCACCUCCCUGUCUGGCUUCUUUUAGCUGUAGCUGCAUACUGGUGUGUCCUAUCUCCAUUUAUGAGAUGCAAGUUCGUUAUUUUGCCCUGAUCGAAAACAAAAACUAAAAGGGCAUUAUUAGCAGCAGAUUGUUUUGUGUGGAUAGCCCUGUCCAUCUUUGUGACAUUUUUAGAUGAGGGAAAACAGUCUCUCACACGCGCAUGAACACAAAAGUAAACAGGCACUCACACACAUAUGCACACAGGAACAUGCAAGAGAAAGACUCUUAUUCUGCCAAGUUAUUGGCAGCAAUUCUUCUCGUCUUGUGAAGGCAAUCAUUGGUCACAUGCCCCCUGGGAGUGUAAACAGGAUGUUUUUCUCAGUAGUGUGAGGGUUGCCUGUGGAGGCCUCAUCACACCGGGGACAUGACUAGCACCAGGUCGUGCAGCAAGGAAGAGAGUCCUAGUUGGUGAUAGUAAAUAUAUACUGUAUCUCAAACUCUGACUUUUUUUCCUUCCGUUUCUAGUAGAUUUGAUUCAAUUUCUAUCAAUUUUCUCGCAGUAUUCACAAUUUCUCUGCACUGUAUAAUUUCAUAAUCUGGGAAUUGGUCACACCAUAUUUCACUAUUGUGUGUGUGUUGUGUUUUAUUUUGUGGUUGUAUGAGAAAAACUAAAAUAACAUAAGCUUCAUCAAUCAACCUAAAAGCUAUCUCAGAGUCAUUUUACUGGAAAAUCAUUGAAAAUAUACACUUUAGUCGCUCCUUUUACCCUGGUCAAGCUCUGUCUUGUCUGAAGUGAUAAACAUCUCCCACCCUGUCUGUAUCUAGUCUGUCACUCAGGAUCUGCACACUCUCUUGCAUUCCCUCGCCACCUUCCCUCCGCUUACCUGUGAUUUUGUUGCAAAAUCACUCCCCAUCCUUGCCUCCCUCUGUGCUUUGAUUUAUUUUCUUUCUGUGCCUCCUCAUGUCAGACCAGGUCUCUUUAUCUGCCUGUCAAAUCAAAUCCCACCUCACCUUUAUGUCUCUCUCUUUUCUUCUCAGGUGAAACAGAUCAUGGAGGAGUCAGUGACUCGGAAGUUUGUGCAUGCAGACAGCAGCCAUAUCAUAUCCUUCUGUGGUGAGUGUGUACAUGUAGUAGUAUAUUACUUAUUGAAUUUGUGUUACAUAUUUUACAGUGUGUCAAGGUCAAUUUGAUUGUGAACAGAAGUAUUGACAGUUCAUAUUGCUCAUUGGAGUUUUGACUUGCCUUUAUAUUUUUUGUAUGAUUUGUUACCCCCCAAUUAAAGGCCCAGUGCAGUCAAAACGGUGAUAUUCUUGUGUUUUAAAUAUACACUACCAUUCAAAAGUUUGGGAUCACUUAGAAAUGUCCUUGUUUUCGAAAGAAAAUCAAUUUCUUUGUCCAUUAAAAUAACAUCAAAUUGAUCAGAAAUACAGUGUAGACAUUGUUAAUGUUGUAAAUGGCUAUUGUAGCUGGAAACGGCUGUGUACUACUUCCUUCACAGAACAGCGCAAACUGGCUCUAACCAGAAUAGAAAGAGGAGUGGGAGGCCCCGGUGCACAACUGAGCAAGAGGACAAAUACAUUAGUGUCUAGUUUGAGAAACAGACGCCACACAGGUCCUCAACUGGCAGCUUCAUUAAAUAGUACCCGCAAAACACCAGUCUCAACGUCAACAGUGAAGAGGCGACUCCGGGAUGCUGACCUUCUAGGCAGAGUUGCAAAGAAAAAGCCAUAUCUCAGACUGGCCAAUAAAAAGAAAAGAUUAAGAUUAUUACAAGCCUACUGAAGGACUGUGCUCCAGUGACUGGAUGGGAGGGAGGGAGGGUGCAUGCCAUGGUUGAUGGGCAGGCCUAGCUGCAUAGCUGGUCUGGGUGGGUCUAAGUGUUGAUUUAAUGACUGCUUGGCUUACAGUAUGUGUAACAGAUGCAUACCUACAUGUUUUUUCACCUUUGACCAAAUACCAUUGCCAUUUGUAAUGAGAGCCAGAGAAGUGUGGAUAGAAAGAAGUAAGCGAUUGUGGCAAGAAAGAAAUGACAUUUUUUGGUGAGAUGAAAGUAACCUUAUCUCCAAAGAGCACCUUUCGUGGCCUAGGAUUACCAAACUGUAGGUGGUACUUAAAUGCCACCAAUGAUUAAUUUGAUAAAAGCUUAAUCUAGAUGGCUCGAAAUAGAAAAAAACUAAGGUGGUCAAUACCCACUAGCAGUAAGAUCUUUCCUGGGAAAGAGGACAGACCGUGAAAGUAAGAACCCGUGGUCCAAGCAUACGCUCCAGAUUUGGAGGAAAGUGCAACGUAGUCUCCAUCUGCCUAUGGGCAUAUCAUCCCUAACUGGUAUUCCAUAUCAUACCAAUUUUUCCCCAUUAUCACUAGAUUCAGGUUUUCAAAGGUGGUCAUUACUUAAUUUGCAAUAUGUACACGAUGUCUUGAAGAACAACCAAAAUAAAUCAUUUGGUGAACUAAGUUCAGACUUCCAUUUGACAAUGUCAGAUUUCUUUAGCUAUUUACAGCUAAGAGACUAUUUACUGAAACACCCCAACUGGGUAAAAAUGAAGGGUUAGCCCUCUCCCAAAGAAAAACAUCUUAUUAUCAAUACUCAGAAAAGGGCAACUGGCAGUAAACAAAUUUCAAAACUAUACCAAUCUAUUGCUGUCAUGACAUAGAGCAAUACUCUGCAAAGUGCAAGUGGGAAUCUCCUCAGUGGUUGGGAAAGGGUAUGGGGGCUGGACACACAGCGACCCAGACCUCGCUGCUGUCGGAGAUCACACAUACUGACUCAAGGUAGUUUGGGGAAUGGGUUUGGGAGCUGGACAAUAAUAAUGAUGAUGCUAAUAAUUAUGUUUCCACUCCCUCUAUUAGGAAUUGCUAUGCUUGAAAAAUAUUACAAAUCUAUGUUAAAAAACUAAAAACAAAGAGCACCUUUCUCUCGCUUAUCACAGACCCAAACAAUGCUGCUAUUCUCGGUCAACUGAAGAAUCACUGUUGGUUUGAACCAGUGCUUUGUAACCUCUUCACAAGUAUCCUCCACCCCAUUCCUCUGAUGUCACAGCCUCACAUUUCACACUUGUGAUGUGACACAGGAUUAUUGUUACAUUAACAGCACAGCAGUAAGAUUAUGGAAUCAAAAGCAGGGCGAUUAUUGCUGGUUGAAUUGAACAGAGGUAAAUGCCAUAGACAUUCCGUUUAUUUCACAUAAAAAAUCUGAACUGAUUGCAUAGAGUCAGAACAUUGACAUUUACAGAGCAAGUGACAUUGGGCAUCAUCCUGUGGAGUUGAAAUGUCAAGCCCUGCCACCUCCUACUACCCCAAUCUGUGUACGGUCACAUUCUCAACCAAACACAGCUGGAUUUUAGGUUGGCACCGGCCACAGCCAUAGUAAAGAAUAAGAGCCAUGUAUGCCCACCUGUGUUAAAUUGAACUGACAGUAGACACUAUGCAAAGGUGUUGAUACUACACCUCCACACAUCCACGGAUAUCCUAGCAACAGUAAACAGCGUUUGUCGGUUUUCAGUUUACUUCUGCUCCUGCUGAGAGCCACCUGCGCCUGCCCUCUAACCCAUCUCUGCUUCCCUGCAGUAGCAGUCAGACUGUCCAAGGGUUUCUCACUUCAUUUUCACUGGGUGCGCCUGCAAAUCUAAUUAUCAAACUCUGCAUGGGAAAUCCAUAAACAGUAUGUGGUUUACUUGUUGUUUACAGUGUAUGCAAUCAUAGCUUAGUGAAUAUCGCUUUGGGGAAAGUUGGUUUUGAAACCAAACUCUGUAUGUACUGUUGGUGUCUGUAUAUUCAGUACUAUGUGUGUUUGUGUAUCUACAGCUGUAGUGGAGGCAUGUGUGCUCCAUGGGCUGAAGAGGCGAGCAGCGGGCCUCCUUUGCAGUAAUAAGGUAGCAGCACUCUUCAUGAAGGUGGGUAAGAGCUUCACCCCGGCGGAGGAACUCUGUCAAAAGGUCCAGGAACUAGAGCAGCUCAUCGAGACCAAGUAAGACAUUGAUCUAGGCUAGUCAUUCCUCCUAAGCCCCCACCCCCCAUCCCCCCUCACACACACACCAAUAUGCCAUCAAAUGAAUACAAAAUGUGUAUCAAACACUCCUCUCCUCUCUGUAUUCUCCAGCAGACAGGCUCAACUAAAUAAUGGCAGUGUUCAGAAGCAACCCAGGGUGACCAACCUCCCCCCUCAGGGCUUGAGGAACCUAUGGAUCCGCACUGCUCUCAUGGAGAAGCUUCUGGACAAGAUUGUCAUGUACCUAGUGGAAAACAGCAGGUUAGCAAUCAACCAACAGAUCAGCUUCCAGCUGAAAGUCUGACAUUGUGUUUGAUCUUACAAAUACCAACAGCUGUAGCUGCUCAAUAUGUAUACUACAGAUGUCCGAUCUUAAUUUGAUCACUCUUUUGUCACAUUUUUUCCCUACGCACCAGGACAUUUCAAAUGAGCCUUGUGAUUUAGAUACGUUCACUGAAAACCCGCAGUUCUCUUUAUCUCCAUGCGGGGACAGUUGAGUCCUUUUGGAGCAGUGCCAGCCAUCAAAAUCAUCCUCCCUCUCUCGCUCGCUCAAACGCUAAAAGCACCAGACAGAAUAUGAAUACAUGACCUACUGUUACUGUAGGCCUAUUGUUCCUAUUAGUACAACAUUCAAAUGUACAAAAAUGUAUCUGAAAUGCAUCCAUACACAUCAACAACCGUCGUUGUAUAUAGCUUAAUAAAACAAAAUAGAUAUUGGUCUCCACUAUGACAUACAAGUGUCAAGUGUAUCCGAAGUGCAGCCGUACGGUAGGCUACACCUAAACUAUAGCGUACUGUAGACUAUCAAAACUAAUCACACAUAGGCCUGUAAUAUCAGAUGUAAAGACGAGAUGAAACUGAGAAUAGUGAGGUAUCCUACGGAAUGGAGUGCAAUGGUGCAUGAAAGAGUGACUCAGAUUUUAAACCCCCCCAAAAAUGCAGCCCAUAUAUAUAUAUAUAUAUAUAUAUAUAUGUAUGUAUGUGUAUAUAUAUGUGUAUAUGUAUAUAUCUUAUAUAUACAGUACCAGUCAAAAGUUUGGACACACCUACUCAUUCAAGGGUUUUCCUUAUUUUUACUAUUUUCUACAUUGUAGAAUAAUAGUGGAGACAUCAAAACUAUGAAAUAACACAUAUGGAAUAAUGUACUGCCCAAAGAAGUGUUAAACAAAUCAAAAUAUAUUUUAUAUUUGAGAUUCUUCAAAUAGCCACCCUUUGCCUUGAUGACAGCUUUGCACUCAACCAGCUUCACCUGGAAUGCUUUUCCAACUGUCUUGAAAGAGUUCCCACAUAUGCUUAGCACUUGUUGGCUGCUUUUCCUUCACUCUGCCAUCCGACUCAUCCCAAACCAUCUCAAUUGGGUUGAGGUCGGGGGAUUGUGGAGGCCAGGUCAUCUGAUGCAGCACUCCAUCACUCUCCUUCUUGUGUGUGUUGGGUCGUUGUCCUGUUGAAAAACAAAUGAUAGUCCCACUAAGACCAAACCAGAUGGGAUGGCGUUUCGCUGCAGAAUGCUGUGGUAGCCAUGCUGGUUAAGUGUGCCUUGAAUUCUAAAUAAAUCACAGACAGUGUCACCAGCAAAGCACCACCACACCAUAACACCUCCUCCUCCAUGCUUUACGGUGGGAACUACACAUGCGGAGAUCAUCCGUUCACCCACACCACGUCUCAAAAAGACACGGCGGUUGGAACCAAAAAUCUCCAAUUAGGACUCCAGACCAAAGGACACAUUUCCACCAGUCUAAUGUCCAUUGCUCGUGUUUCUUGGCCCAAGCAGGUCUCUUCUUCUUAUUGGUGUCCUUUAGUAGUGGUUUUCUUUGCAGCAAUUUGACCAUGAAGGCCUGAUUCACACAGUCCCCUCUGAACAGUUGAUGUUGAGAUGUGUCUGUGACUUGAAUCCUGUGAAGCAUUUAUUUGGGCUGCAAUUUCUCAGGCUGGUAACUCUAAUGAACUUAUCCUCUGCAGCAGAGGUAACUCUGGGUCUUCCAUUCCUGUGGUGGUCCUCAUGAGAGCCAGUUUCAUCAUAGCGCUUGAUGGUUUUUUUGCGACUGCACUUAAAGAAACUUUCAAAAUUCUUGAAAUGUUCUGUGUUGACUGACCUUCAUGCCUUAAAGUGAUGAUAGACUGUCGUUUCUCUUUGCUUAUUUGAGCUGUUCUUGCCAUAAUAUGGACUUGGUCUUUUACUAAAUAGGGCUAUCUUUUGUAUACCCCCCCUACCUUGUCACAACACAACUGAUUGUCUCAAAUGCAUUAAGGAGGAAAGAAAUUCAACAAAUUAACUUUUAAGAAGGCACACCUGUUAAUUGAAAUGAAUUCCAGGUGACUACCUCAUGAAGCUAGUUGAGAGAAUGCCAAGAGUGUGCAAAGCUGUCAUCAAGGCAAAGGGUGGCUAUUUGAAGACUCUCAAAUAUAAAAUAUAUAAUUUUGAUUUGUUUAACACUGUUUUGGUUACUACAUGAUUCCAUAUGUGUUAUUUCAUAGUUUUUAUGUCUUUACUAUUAUUCUACAAUGUAAAAAAUUAUGUGAUUUUCUGGAUUUUUUUUUCUAAUUUUGUCUGUCAUAGUUGACGUGUACCUAUGAUGAAAAUUACAGGCCUCUCUCAUCUUUUUAAGUGGGAGAACUUGCACAAUUGGUGGCUGACUAAAUAAUUUUUUCCCCCACUGUAUAUUGUACAGUGUAUACUGUACAGUGGGGGAAAAAAGUAUUUAGUCAGCCACCAAUUGUGCAAGUUCUCCCACUUAAAAAAAUGAGAGAGGCCUGUAAUUUUCAUCAUAAGUACACGUCAACUAUGACAGACAAAAUGAGGAAAAAAAAUCAGAAAAUCACAUUGUAGGAUUUUUAAUGAAUUUAUUUGCAAAUUAUGGUGGAAAAUAAGUAUUUGGUCAAUAACAAAAGUUUCUCAAUACUUUGUUAUAUACCCUUUGUUGGCAAUGACACAGGUCAAACAUUUUCUGUAAGUCUUCACAAGGUUUUCACACACUGUUGCUGGUAUUUUUGCCCAUUCCUCCAUGUAGAUCUCCUCUAGAGCAGUGAUGUUUUGGGGCUGUCGCUGGGCAACACGGACUUUCAACUCCCUCCAAAGAUUUUCUAUGGGGUUGAGAUCUGGAGACUGGCUAGGCCACUCCAGGACCUUGAAAUGCUUCUUACGAAGCCACUCCUUCGUUGUCCGGGCGGUGUGUUUGGGAUCAUUGUCAUGCUGAAAGACCCAGCCACGUUCCAUCUUCAAUGCCCUUGCUGAUGGAAGGAGGUUUUCACUCAAAAUCUCACGAUACAUGGCCCCAUUCAUUCUUUCCUUUACACGGAUCACUCGUCCUGGUCCCUUUGCAGAAAAACAGCCCCAAAGCAUGAUGUUUCCACCCCCAUGCUUCACAGUAGGUAUGGUGUUCUUUGGAUGCAACUCAGCAUUCUUUGUCCUCCAAACACGGUAAAUUGAGUUUUUACCAAAAAGUUCUAUUUUGGUUUCAUCUGACCAUAUGACAUUCUCCCAAUCCUCUUCUGGAUCAUCCAAAUGCACUCUAGCAAACUUCAGACGGGCCUGGACAUGUACUGGCUUAAGCAGGGGGACACGUCUGGCACUGCAGGAUUUGAGUCCCUGGCGGCGUAGUGUGUUACUGAUGGUAGGCUUUGUUACUUUGGUCCCAGCUCUCUGCAGGUCAUUCACUAGGUCCCCCCGUGUGGUUCUGGGAUUUUUGCUCACCGUUCUUGUGAUAAUUUUGACCCCACGGGGUGAGAUCUUGCGUGGAGCCCCAGAUCGAGGGAGAUUAUCGGUGGUCUUGUAUAUCUUCCAUUUCCUAAUAAUUGCUCCCACAGUUGAUUUCUUCAAACCAAGCUGCUUACCUAUUGCAGAUUCAGUCUUCCCAGCCUGGUGCAGGUCUACAAUUUUGUUUCUGGUGUCCUUUGACAGCUCUUUGGUCUUGGCCAUAGUGGAGUUUGGCGUGUGACUGUUUGAGGUUGUGGACAGGUGUGUUUUAUACUGAUAACAAGUUCAAACAGGUGCCAUUAAUACAGGUAACGAGUGGAGGACAGAGGAGCCUCUUAAAGAAGAAGUUACAGGUCUGUGAGAGCCAGAAAUCUUGCUUGUUUGUAGGUGACCAAAUACUUAUUUUCCACCAUAAUUUGCAAAUAAAUUCAUAAAAAAUCCUACAAUGUGAUUUUCUGGGGUUUUUUUCCUCAAUUUGUCUGUCAUAGUUGACGUGUACCUAUGAUGAAAAUUACAGGCCUCUCUCAUCUUUUUAAGUGGGAGAACAUGCACAAUUGGUGGCUGACUAAAUACUUUUUUUCCCCACUGUAUAUAUAUAUGACAUCUUAAGGUUUCUAGGUUACGAAUCAACUGUAAAAAUGUAUUUCAAUCGUGGCCUGUGGUGGUCUGAUAGUUAGGGCCCACACAUAGGCGCACACAUAGGUCUACAGUACCGUGUCGGUGUGGGUUUGAUUCUGGCCCAUGCCCUUAUGGAACAAAUAACUAAAUCACCCCGAUUGACUUGACUUAGUUACACAUUUCAAAUAUGGACAGUCCAGGGAUAUUCUACCCCCGAUCUUGAUAAGAAAUGACCUUACCAGACACUUUUAUUAUAAAGACAGUUGUAUUUAAUGGGAAAUGAAUAAAAUAAUAACAGGCUACACCAACAUUAGUUUCCAUUCAUACAAAGUGUUGGAUAAUUUGCCACAGUAGAUUUGCUGUGGUAAACAAGGAAAUACUUUAUUUCUAUUGUACGGAAUGCUUGUCAAAUAGAUACAGCUCCCUUAGUAUGUUCAAAAAGGACUAAGUUCCGAUGAUAAUACCAACCAGAGGGUGAACAUAUCUUGAAAGACUUUGGUAGAAACCAGGACUAAGGUAACACUGACAUCAUCUUUCAGGGAGCGGUAAUGAGGUGACCAAUAAUGGUUGCAAUUGAGAUCAGCAGUGCGGGUGAAUUUAGAGCAUAUUGAUGGUUUAAUGAGAGAUCAGCUGGUGAUAAUCUAGUGCCAUCGAUGGUUGCAAUAGGCCUCUUGUUAUUUGAUUAUUUUCCAAUACGUUCUGUAGGCUACCCGUUAGCCUAUCCAUUGUCACAUAAUGAAAGGUGUGAAAACGGAUAAUAGGCUACUGUGUUUCCCUGUCUGAGUUGAUGAGCUGAUUUGGGCCAUCAGUUGAUUGACAGAUGUAGGCCUACUGUAGAAUGAUAAACUUUCCUCCAAUGUGCAUGCUCGCCCACGUUUUAUAGUUAGGCUAUGUAUAAUUUGUCAAUAUAGUUAUGGUCUUUGGUGUGGAUGGCCCUUACAGUAGGUGAGAUUGUCAUUGCUAAGCUGUUAUGCGUCAUCUACAGUAGCAUAUGCCAACUGUACUUUCAGUUUGAUGCCGGCAUUUGAAGUCAUCCUUGUUGUGGAUUGAAAGCCUGUAUUGUGUGGCUUUAACAUUUUAUUUCGUAAAGCUGUCAAGAUGUUUAUGAAUUUGAGCUUAUCCAAAGACGAUUUCGUUGAGCUGAGACACUUUUCUUUUGAUGUGUAAAUUAUCAGACUAUUUGUUUUACUUCUUGAAAACAUUGAAAAUAAUUCAAUUAACUUGUGGGCCUAAUUUAAGCUAUUGGCUAUCUAAAUUAAUAAAAAAAGUGUACUAUCCGAUGGUGGAACUCCAAAGGCAAACUUGCAAUGUAUUCAAGGCUUAAAAGUCCUCUGAAGUUUUUAAUUUCCUCCUCAAAAUCUCAGCAUAUAGAGUUUAUUUUCUCUUUCAAUGGUGGAAUCAGUUAGCAUAGCAUCUGUUGUUGCUUGCUAGGUCUGUGCAUAUUCUAUGAAUCAAUUUAGCAUACCGUGUAUUAUUUAUAAUCAUGUUUUAUGUUGGACGUGCACUCACAAUCAAAUUAUUAUUUGUCCAAUGAUUUAUUGUUUCUUAAAGGUAUUUUUGAAGGAGUGGGGCAGUCCCACGCCUUUUGUAAAUUUGAAGAGAUAGAAUAGUGUUAUAAAGAUGGGGAGGAUAGUGGGAGGGUGAGUCAAAGGACAUUGGGCCAGAUUAGAACCCAUGCCGACUCUGGCAUAUGGAAAGGGAAGGUAAAGGGGAUACCUGGUCAGUUGUAUAACUGAAUGCAUUCAACUAAAAUGUGUCUUCCACAUUUAACUCAACCCCUCUGAAUCAGAGAGGUGCGGGGGAGGCUGCCUUUCGUCCACGUCAUCACAGGCACUGAGGCCACCAAUAAUUGAUUCUGCCUAUGACUUGCCUUCAACAUAUAAUAAAACAGUUGAUCUAAAAAAAAAAUUUUACCUAACAAAAAAUAUAUCAAAUAUGUCAAUUUAUUAUAAUCCACAGAAUAAUUUACACGAGAUGCGCUGUAGCCUGCACUUAGUCUACAUAGGCUACUUGAACUGGCGCCCAGUGGACCUCCAGUCUAAGGUACAAUGUAGGUACGGUACUGCAUUGUAUACAAACACCACUUCCAGCUGCCCCCUGGCGGCGAUUCUAAAUAUUUCUUCAGAUAUUCAAAUCCUCCUGCUGCAAGAUUAUUUUCCUGCUGCAAUGAAAUGGGUCAAAUUAAGAUCUGACAUCUAUACUUAUAGUCACUUUUCAGUGAACACGCAGCAAUGGUUCUUCUUUUUUGAGUAAACAUGAUUUUUUCUCUUCCAGUACGUUCUAUGACAGUGAGGCCAUUCUAAUGGAUCCUGUGGAUGGACCAAUCCUUGCCUCUCUGUUAGGUAUUGAUGGAACCUCUUCUUGUCAGGAUGUGGCCGGACAGAUCUCUGAUAAGAUAAGAAAUAGCACACUGAAUGGCACAUUACAGUGAAUGUGACUCCCUCAGAUAAUCUGUAGAUAAAACAUUACACAGGAGACUAGUGCUUUACGGUGGAAAUUGCCUUAUUUCAGAUAAGGCCAUAAUUCUGUGGUUUAGAAGAUAAAUAUACAAGUGCAUUUACCUCUUACUGUGAGGGUAACAUUGACAUUGCUGGUACCUCUUUCACUCUGGAUGAUGAUGGUUCAGUACAGUGCUUUAGAGGUGACUACACCUUACAAAAUGAAAGUGUUGUGGAUCUCAGUGUUGUCUUGCCCUUAUCCCUUGCAGUUGGCCCAUGUGCUCUGGAGUACACUAAGGUGAAGACAGCCGACCACUUCUGGACAGACCCCUCUGCUGAUGAGCUAGUCCAGAGACACCGUAUCCACAGUAGCCACUGUCGCCAGGACUCCCCUUCCAGGCGACCUGCCCUGGUCAGUAUGUGGGUGAUGUGUUUAAAUGAAUGAUGUGUGUGUUAUAUAUGAUGUAUACAUUUUUCCCAAUGGUCUCGAAUACAAUUAUAUUUUCGAAUAGAUCCAGAAGAGGCAGUCGAGUGGCAGUAUGGAAGAUCGGCCCAUCCUGUGGGCUCGGGACUACGUUGAGUCCCUCCAUCAGAACAACAAGGCUACACUGCUGUUUGGCAAGAACAACGUCUUGGUGCAGCCGGUGUGUGUGUGUGUGUCUCGCUCUCUCUCUCUCUCUCUCUCUCUCUCUUUCUGCGUGUUAAAGGACUUGGCAUUGCUUUUCAUCACUGUUUAAACAGCAAGGAAUGCUUUGUACAAAUCUCCUGUCUUGGUCAACAGAGGGAUGACAUGGAGGCUAUCCCAGGGUACCUGUCUCUCCACCAGACUGCAGAUCUCAUGACCCUGAAAUGGACCCCCAACCAGCUCAUGAAUGGCACUGUGGCAGAUGACACUGAAAAAAGGUAAUGUAAUAUCAAAUCACAGUAAAGAAACCUAUUCUGACACUCAUAGGUGUCUAUGAAGAACAUGCCAAUUUAUAUAAUUGGAUAUUGUUUAAAUCUCAGCAAUCACAUAUUGAUUGUCCCACAGUGUUUACUGGGACUUUGCCAUGACUAUUCGCCUGGAGGAGAUUGUUUAUCUGCACUGCCAUCAGCAAGGUACAGGAGGAACCUCUUUUAAUUAUGUAGGCCUAUAGCUUUGUAUCUAUGUGUUUGUGUUCUUGAACUUGUGAUAACGUUUUUUCCCAGUGGACAGUGGUGGGACAGUGGUUCUGGUGAGUCAGGAUGGGAUCCAGAGGCCUCCACUGCGGUUCCCCCGGGGAGGACACCUGCUCCAGUUCCUGACCUGCCUGGAGACAGGCCUGCUGCCACACGGACAACUCGACCCCCCUCUGUGGUCCCAGAGGGGAAAGGUCGGCAUGGAACAUAGAAAUGGCCUAAAAUGCCCCAUGACAAUGAUUCAGAUCUCAAUGAAUGUUUACUGUAGCUAUUAUGUCCACAUCCACUAAACCAAUUGAAGCGUGAUGGUAUGAUUUAGCUAGUUGUUUCUUGUAAUAUUAGAAAUAGGCUAAUCUAUAGCUGUGACGAGUACUGAGUAUACGAAGAGGCAGGACACAGACACAGGAAUUAACAAGGUCAAGGUUUACUUAACAAUGACAAAUAACAAAGAUGGAGUAGAACGACACGAAGCUAAACAAUCACACACAACAUCAUCCAGAACAGUCCAGGGCUAAAUAGGGGCGGUGAUGAGAUGAUGAGGUGCAGGUGCGCUGGAGGUGAUUAGGGUGCGUUGGGUUUCCAUUCCGGUGUUGCCGAGGUGGUGCGCUCAGACCGGUGGCUCAGUAGACCGGCGAAUCAGAGCGCCGGAGGGGAGCACCGGGAGGAGACGUGACAAUAGCAGAGUGGAUGUGGUUUGACUGAGGGUAACUCUGAUCUCUGUGUUAGUACACUGCUGCCAGAGGGAUACUUUUACACUGCCACUGUGUAAUUUCAUUGAUCUUAUCCACCAAUUUAGCCUCCAAGUAGAUAAUAUUAACCCUGACCUGCCAAAGCAAAGGGAACAACAUGAGGAAGUUUUUAGAGGGGUUGUGAUGAUAAAAGUGGUAAUCAUAGUAGAGCUGAGACUAUAAUUUACAGGCUGCAGUAGAAGAUAGCUUUGUAAAGGUUGUGGUAUAUUACCCGGCGGGGCAGUGAAAGACUAUAAAAGUUGGAGUGGCACAGAGAGUCUAGGUGUGAGUGGGGUCUUAAUACGUCCUCUGGGCAACAUGAAGGAAAGGACAAGGCCCAAGAAAAAGGAUACAAAAAAAUACAUAAACAAUGCACUUGUUUUUUCCUACUAGCACUGACUUUGCUGUUAACUACUUUAUUGAGGGAAAAUUAUUUACUUGUUACGAUUGUGAUAUGUUGUUGUCUCACCUAGCUAUCUUAAGAUAAGUGCACUUAUUGUAAGUCAUUCUGAAUAAGAGUUACUUACUAAAUAAGAAUACAUUACUGAAAUAUAAAACAAUUGAAUAAGAUGUUAUUGAUUUGAGAUUGGCCUUCUUUGGCUGGAUCAUUAAUUACAUCUAGCCUAGUCUUGCAUCACAAUUCAAUGAUGGGGAUCUGAGUUUUAGGGUGAGAUAAAAUAAACUUUAAUCACUCUCGUGAAUCAUCAUCAUAACAACAUGUUAUGUCUUAUACUGAGUGCAGUACUUUCUUUUGCCUACAGGGAAAGGUUUUCCCUAAGUUGCGGAAGAGGAGUCCGCAGGGGUCUGUGGAGUCUGUGUCGGAUAAAGAGGAGGACGAGGCCACUGAUUAUGUCUUUCGGAUCCUGCUCCCUGGUACUCCGUCAGACUUUGGUAUGUCACUUGUGAUCUCUUUAUUGUGUAUCAAUUUUCUGUUUAAAUUUGUACAUAAUAUACUUUUUCAUUAUUUAUGUUUCUCUCACUGUUCAUUUUGUUGACCAUUGUCCUUCCCUCAGCCCCUCUCUGUCCAGCCCCUGUGUCUCUGCCUGUACCUGUAGCCCUGUGAACCUGUGAACAACUUACAUUGGUUACCCUGGAUUUGAGACCAUGCAUGGGCAUCAAGUUGUCUUUGUCACACCUCCAUCUUCUGGCUUGGUUUGUCAAUGGUUCCAUGUUUAAAAAAAUACUUAUAUAGUAUUAAAGAAGGUCACCCAAAUCCUCCAUCAGUUCUAGAUGAUCAUGUAGCUGUUGCUAAUGACAAUGACGACGAUGUUCAUGCUGAUGAUAACAUUGAUCCUGUUUGGUGUCCAGUGGCUCCAGAGCUGAUGGACCAGGCGGUGAACAUGUGGCACCCCACCCCCAGGAAGUCCUCCUGUUUCUCCUGCUCUCAGAACGGAUCCCCUGAUAGCUCACUACCCAACGGCUGCAACCAGGACAGGGCUCCCCUGAAACUCCUCUGUGACACCAUGAAGUACCAGAUCAUUUCCCGUGCUUUCUAUGGCUGUGAGUACAUGUAUCAUUCAUUCCUUUAGGAAAGACUGAUUCAAAUGCUAUAGUCUUCAUGUUAUGGCUGGAUUGAUAACCAUGCACGUUUCUUCACUUCUUUAUUGAAGGGCUUGCCUACUGCCGUCACCUGUCCACCGUUCGUAUCCACCUCUCUGGCCUGGUCAACCCCACCAUCAUUGACCCUAACGUGCCUCAUGAUGCCCGUGGAGGGCUCACUGUGGAUGUCUGGAGCAGCUUCCUCCAGGACUACUCUGUAAGAUCUACUGUACCAUCUGCUCUAAACAUACUAUACACACAACCACAACCUGCAGUGACUGUGUAUGUUCUUUAUAGCUUAGCUAACAGGUCACAGCGUGAAUGUAUCUGCAUUCAUCAACAUCAACAUCCCACUGCAACCGAUGACAGUACUGAACUGGUGGGUUUCUGUAUUGAGUCAGUAUGGAAUCACGUACACAACCUUUUCUCAGGCGUAUGAUGAGCAUGAGCUUCUGCGGCUGGUGUACUAUGGUGGAGUGGCCCCUACAAUACGCAAGGAGGUCUGGCCAUUCCUGCUGGGACACUACCAAUUCGAUAUGACCGAGAAACGUAGGAUGGAGGUGAGUACUGUUAUAUUGUCAUGAGGUAUAACUACUAUCUCUGGAAUCCAAGUAGGGAGGUGGGUCAUGUGUAAUACCAUUACACACUAGUGACCCUGUGUGUUCAUCUGUGUGUAUAGGUGGAUGAGCAGGUUCGGGCCUGCUAUGAGCAGACUAUGAAGGAGUGGCUGGGCUGUGAGGCCAUCGUCAAGCAGAGGGAGGGGGAGAAGCAUGCUGAAGCCAUAGCCAAGUGCAACUCUGUGGCCAGUGUGGACAGACCAGGAUCAGUGCAACGAGACUCCACCAUCAGCACUGAUGUAAGGGGGUCCUACCUGUCACAUUUGAUGAGGGCAAUACAUGAUAGAGUUUCUGACUCAUUGGCAUAUGGUUAACAUACUGUACUAACAUAUGUUUAUUCAUGGUGUUCUCUUCCUGGUUGGCAUUUGACCACUUAUCCUACACCAGUCCUCACAGAGCACCAGUUCAGAGAAACAGAUUGCCCAGAGUGACUCCAGCAGUAGCACACAGGUACAGGAUGUUUUCCUUUCUGGGGCAUAACACAUCACCACAUACCAUAAUACAAUUAUCCUUAAUACUGAAUACUUGAGAAGUUGUGCCUUCCAAUAGUAGGGACACUUUAUAAUGCUUGGUAUUCACUGUCUGUUGUCCGGUGUUGCAGGCAUUUGGGUCUGUGGAGGAGGUGGAUCAGAUAGAAUCUGAGACGAAGUCAGAGGAAGGCAAAGAGGUGUCCAAAAUCCCAUUGAAAGUCCGCCCAGAUGUGGCCAACCCAAAUGUUACCUCAGAAUCUGGCGACCCACCCAAAAACAUCUCUGUUGGCUCAGGUCUUCUAGAACAGCCACAAAGCACAGACAACAACAGCCCUGCAACAAAUUUAACUGUCAAAACAGUAGCCACUCAGCCAUCACCAGAGCCCCAGGGAGCUGCGUCUAGGCCAGUGGCAGAGGCCCAGGCUGUGUCAACGCUAACAGAGGAUCUCCCUGUCUCGAGAUCAACAGAGGAACCAAAGGUCACGAUAACAGUUGAUGACAAGGCAGGAGAGGAGCGUCCUAAGGCUCCAACACAGGAAUCCAAAGCCCCAGAGAGUGAAGGGGUUGAAUGCUCUGAAUCGGUAGAAAUCAUAAAAAUACCAGAGUGGGUUAAAGAAAGGGAUUCUGACAAAGAAGACGUGAAGUCCUUAGGAAAUACUGAAACCGAAGAAAACAAAGUUGCAGGAAAUGGGUUGUCUGAAGUUUCCACCACAGAAGACGCAAAGCUCCCUGUGAGAGCUGCGUACGCAACUGAGAAUACUGAUAUUCUCAAACUAGAAACGGAGGUUUCUAAUGUAUAUAUUCCAGCUCCACCACUAGGUGAGGCCACAGUUACUAAAACACAAGAGCGCAAGGCCCCAUGGACAGGACCAUUCUGUGCCACAGAGCCAUAUUUAACAGAAGGAAAUGAAGAUUCAACAAUGGCAGUGGAGGCUGGUAUUGCUGAAAAAGAGGACCCAAACUUCUCUGACAUUGAAGAAAUCACAGAAUCUGAAUUGCAAAAGAUGAAAACCCCUCAAACCAGCGAAGCUUGUGUUUGUGAGAAAGACAUGUAUAGUACUGAAGAAAAGGUUUCAGAAAUAGCUGAAAUCAAAACAUUAGACACUGUGGAGGCCAGUGUCCCUGAGAAAAACAAUACUAAAGCUGCAGAAAUGACAGUAGCCAUAGAUUCAGAGAAACAUGCACUUUCCAUGCCUGUACUGAAGCCACCUCAGCCAGAGGCCAGGGCCAGUGUUACAGUUACAGCCCACUCUAUGCGUUCUCCUGAUACACUAGAUUCUGAUGACUCGCCAUCCGCCUUAGAGAUGGAGGACAUUCCCACUGCCUGGGCAAGACCCUUGUCCGGCCUGAUGGCUCCCCCAGCUGCCCCCUUCUUGGCCUUGAGGAGAGUUGUCUCAGGGGAACCUGUCCUGGAUGCAAGCUCCAACACCAGUCUCGAUGGAACUGAGCCAGCGCUGUCUGAGGAGGAGCCUGAGAUGGAGAGUCUCUACCCCCAGUCUGACUCUUUGGUUGUGACAGAGGAACUCAAACCUGAGGUCUCACCAGUGGUAGUGUCCCCUGCAGGGACUUCCUACUCUGUAAGUACUCCAAAUGAGUUACCUGUGUGCACUGUAAUGCAUGUUGCAGAUUUUAGGGUUACUUGGGUAAGGGUUGGUUCAACAUACAGUACCCAACUACCUACAGAGCUGUCACAAUGCUGGAAUGAAUCAUGAAACGGUAGCCAUUUGAACAUGAACCACUUUAACUAACCUUAGUCCCUUUCGUCACUGUGUUCAGCAAGAGCAGCUGGACUUGUACUUGCUCAACCUGCAUCGCAUUGAUAAGGAUGUGAGACGCUGUGACAGAACCUACUGGUACUUCACCCCUGCUAACCUGGAGAAACUACGCAACAUAAUGUGCAGUUAUGUGUGGCAGCAUCUGGAGAUUGGCUAUGUCCAGGGCAUGUGUGAUCUACUGGCUCCUUUACUGGUCAUUCUGGAUGACGGUCAGUCUGCAUGAAAAAUAGCUCUCUUAUAACUGCAUUAUUCACAGACGUGAGUAAGAUAAGAUGAAUCAUUUGCUGUUGAUGUGUUUCUCAGAGGUCAUGGCUUUUAGCUGCUUCUCUGAGUUAAUGAAGAGGAUGAAUCAGAACUUCCCCCAUGGAGGGUCCAUGGACUCACACUUUGCCAACAUGCGCUCCCUCAUCCAGGUACCAUACACGCGCAUGCACACACGAAUGUACAUACACAAUCACACAUGCACAUUAUUAUAAGUACAGUGAUAUUACAUUGUAGUAAAAGAUAGGCACUUGCCCUUUUUUUCCGCUAGAUCCUUGAUUCGGAGCUCUUUGAACUGAUGCAGAUGAAUGGAGACUACACUCACUUCUACUUCUGCUACCGCUGGUUCCUACUAGACUUCAAAAGAGGUACUGGCAUUUGCAUGGGUGUGUUAGAUCACCUAUACUAUCUGUAUGGUGAUGGAAUCAAACAGAAAGGGGGAUUUCACAUUAGAACCAGAGGAAAUAGUUAAUGCUGAUGAUGUUUAAACUUAAAUGAAUCGUGUUCUAGGUAUACAAUAUGAAGGACCUGUAUAGAUUUAGGAAAAUGUCAUUGCUAGUAUUUUCUGAUGUUUUUAUUUCAGUAACAUGACUGUUCUGCAGGUAGGUCACAUCUGACAGUCCUACUCAGUGUAUAACCUGAUGUGCCAUUAUUCCUCCAGAGAUGUUGUAUGAUGAUGUGUUCUCCGUGUGGGAGACCAUCUGGGCGGCCAUGUAUACCUCCUCCACUCAUUUUGUCCUCUUCAUCGCUCUGGCACUGGUGGAAAUGUACCGAGACAUCAUCCUGGAGAACAACAUGGACUUCACUGACAUCAUCAAGUUCUUCAACGGUGAGUCUAAAGGAUGACGUUAGAUGUUGUUAUGGAAUGGAAUAUUUGAUAAUUCAGUUAAUUCAUUUCAUUGCCACUGAGUGUUUGCUUGCUAAAUGUAUGAUCUGAAGGUACCAACUGCCUUUACUGUGCUUGCUGACAAAGGCAAAAAGCCUAGCUACCUCCAUAGACUGCAAUCAUAUGUAAAUCAGCACAAGCAGCUAGGCUCGAGUGACACAGUGUGUUUGAUUUGAUUUCCCUCUUCAGAAAUGGCUGAGCAUCACAACGUCCCGCAGGUCCUAACGAUGGCUCGAGACUUGGUCCUCAAAGUACAAACACUCAUAGAAAACAAGUGA